AUGGCUUUGGGCUGCAAGAUUGGCCCAUCUAUCCUCAACAGUGGCCUGUUCGAUUUAGAGGCUGAGUGCCUCUGGAUGCUUGACUCUGGGUCCGAUGAUCUGUACCUGAAUGUAAUGGAAGGGCACUUCGUUCCCAACUUCAACUUUGGUCAUUCUGUGGUAGAAAGCCUUCAAAAGCAUCUAGGUCAGGACCUGUUCUUUGACAUGCACAUGAUGGUGUCCGGGCCCAAACAGUGGGUAAAAUCGAUGGCUGAAGUAGGAGUCGAUCAGUACAUCUUUCAUCUAGAGGCUACUGAGAAUCCAGGGGAUUUGAUUAAAGUCAUUUGGGCAAAUGGAAUGAGAGCAGGCUUUGCUGUCAAGCCAGAAACUACAGUUCAGUAUUUGGCACCUCAAGCUAGUCUGCAAGAGAUGGCCUUAGUUAGGACAGUGGAACCUGGAUUUGGAGGGCAGAAAUUCACGGAAGAUAUGGUGUCAAAAUUUCAGUGGUUGAGGACCCAGUUCCUAUCUUUGGAUGGGGAGGUUGGUGGUGGAGCAGGUUCUGACACCCUCCACAUGUGUGCAGAGGCGUUAGCUAACAUGAUUGUGUCCAUCAGUGCUAUUAUGAGGAGUGAAGACCCCAUAUCUGUGAUCAACCUGUUAAGAAAUGCUUUUUCAGAAGCUGCUCAGAGAUGUUCUCUUGAUCAAUGA